AUGCAGAGUAAAAGGCCGCAAAAUAUUCUCGAUGCUGCUCAUAGCGUCUCACAGAGCGCUCUUUCCAAGAGAGAGAGAAGGAUACCCUUCUCUGAUAUCCCAUUAAUUGUCCACCAAACUUGGAAAACGACAGCGGUCGAUACUUGGGAUCCUAGAAUACUUCCUUGGGUUGAAUUGUGGCUGGAGAACUCGAUUUACGUCGAUAGUGGACCGUCGAUGGCAUACUUAUUCUGGGACGAUACAGGAAUGCGUGCGUUAGUGGAACAGUACGAGAACGACUUCCUUGAGCGUUACGACUCCCUCCUGACACCAGUUGAACGAAGCGAUGUAUUUCGCAUUUUAGUAUGCAAGCACUUUGGCGGAAUAUAUGCGGAUCUCGAUACUGAGCUCAUACGGCAUCCAGCUGCCUGGAUAGGCGGAUCUGAUAUGGCUACCUGGACAGACCCGCAAACAGGAACAGAUUACGGCUAUUAUAAUACGUCGGUAACACCAGACUAUGAAAUGCCAGUAGUCAGCCUUCUUUGGGGACUAGAAGCCGAUAAUGACCCAGAGUCCGAUGCAUACUGGCGCCGAAGCUACACAUACCCUCAACAACUAUCGCAAUGGGCAUUCGCUUCUGCUCCUCAACACCCAGUGUUCGAACGAUAUAUGGACAAUCUACGGAAUUAUACCAGAGACAACGAAACAGCGGCUCAGAAUAGUGACCCGCUCAAGAGGACUGGCCCUGCGGCUGUUACUCUUGCAACCAAAUCUUGGCUAGAGGACCAGAUGGGCUUUCGAUGGACCAGCCUGACAGGUUUCAAGGAUGGGGGAAAAUCUAAGUUGGUUGAAGACAUACUUAUUCUCCCUAUUACCGGCUUCCAUCCGAGUCACGGGACCCGUAACGACAUUAUGGGCAGAAAACCGAUGACAGACCCCGCGGCGAGAUUAUGCCAUCAUGGCACAGGAUCGUGGAAGCAUUUUAAUUUCGUGGGAGAAUACGGAAAGUCCCGUUCGAGCAGCCUAAAAACCUCACUUCAUCCUGAGUACAGCAGCAGAACCGAAAUGGCCGAAGCCCUCGGUAUCGCGUCCGGCGCCGCGGGCCUCCUGAGUCUAGCGAUAGAAGUCACCAAGCUCAGCUACACCUACAUCGCCAGCGUUAGGGGUGCGCCUAAAUCGUUAACCUCGUACAUUGCGGAGCUUACAACGCUCACCUCCGGUAUGCUACAGCUCGAAGACCUCAUUCGGACCAAGAGGUUCAACGUCCAGAAUAGCCAGACUCUCAGCAACGCUUUACACGACUGUCAACUGGAAAAUCAAGGCCAAGGUGGCUGCUUUGGCUUGGCCGUUGUCAGAAUCCGAGUUGCUGGACAAAGUUGCCGAGCUGUUAAGGGAAUAUCGGCUCAUUAUUUGUCAAUAACCAUGGCAAUUGCGACGAACAAAGAGCUGCAAGACAUUAGACAAAGUACUGAAGCAAAAGAAAUAGUCGCCUGGUACAAAUUGGAUGUCGCCAUUGAGGUUUUAACUUCUCAUCUGGACGAUUACUGCCCCUCCACAUGGCAGACAUUUCUAUCGGGCUCUUUCUAUCAAUCUUGGCGGAGCGGCUCAACACCCGUCGUCUGGGGAUACGGACAACCUGGUGCUGGAAAAACAGUAUUAACCGCCAUCGUUCUUCGGCAUGUCAAGUCUGAUAACGUACCCGGUACAGCCAUCGCCUCACAUUUUUUCAGCAGCAGCAGGCCCAAGGAAACAGUGAGCCUUGUCCUACGAAGCCUGAUCGCUCAAGCGCUCCGUGGCUGCCCUUCCAUCCCCCAAGAAGCAUCGGUCCUGUAUGAGAAAGGGUCUCAGAAUCUAAUGGUGACCGAUCUGAUCCAUGUCCUUGAGGCGAUUGCCAAGUCAAUGACCACGAUUAUCAUUCUUGAUGCACUUGACGAAUGCCCCUUCCUCCCCAAGCUUUUCAGCAUCCUGUCGAUAUUGCAGGAUCUGGGAGUGAGAAUCUUUGCAACAGCUCGGGAUCUGCCAAAUAUUAGGAAGCAUUUCGAGAAGAGGCCAAGGGUGGAAAUUUCUGCCACCAGACAUGACUUGGAUUUCUACGUCAACUACCGGUUGGAGCAUGGAGAAGUUGAUGUUGAGUCAAUUGGGACAGAAUUGAAGUCGGAUAUCGUAUCAGCAAUUGUGAAAAGGGCGGCGGGGUCGUUCCUACUUGCUCGGCUCAUCAUGGAUCACAUCACCAGCCUUCUCACCAUCAAGGAAAUACGAAAAGCUCUGAUCUCAUUACCCGCCAAUUAUGACGAGGCAUACCUAAGCACGUUUGACCGUAUAGUCAAGCAAACCCCUAGUCUGAGGGAACUUGCCUUGAAAUCAUUGAACUUUAUUUCUUACGUCAAGGAGCCUUUGCGACUGGUCGAGCUGCAACACGCCCUCAUUGCGGAACAAGGCAUGGCUGAAGUCGACUCUGAGGAUCUUCAUCCUUCUAAAGCCAUCAUCUCAUCAUGCCUUGGACUGUUUGUAGUUUCGGGACCGGAGAAAAUCGUCCAGUUUGUACACUCGACUGCGCGUAACUUCCUACAGAGUCGACCUGAAGGGAUGGAUAAGCGGCCUCAUCUGACGAUUGUUCGCAGUUGCAUCUCGUACAUGUCAACAAAUGAGAUGCGCCAGGGCCGCAGGCUAUCCCACGAAGAUGUCACUCAGCGUUGCCAAAAGCACCCUUUCCUCAACUAUGCAGCGAACUUCUAUGGCUAUCACGCUCAAGAAGUCCAAGAUGAAUGCUUCGACCAGCUUUCGGGGUUUCUUGAGAAUGAUGUUCUUCGGGAAAGCUCGUGGCAACUUUUGAACUUCAAAGCCCACCUCGAUACUUCUGUCUCCGAGUCUGUGUUUAAAUCUAGUCCCAGAAAUGUCCUGGCUCUGCAUGUGGCCGCAUUCUGGGGGUUUGAAACUUACAUUGAUCGCAGCUUGAGUUACACACGGCAGGGAACUCCGAGCACUCAGAAACAGAAUCUAAACAAGAGUGACUCUCAUGGAUGGACGCCUCUGCACUGGGCCGUAUCCAUGGGCCAUAAGAGUGUAGUUGCGACUCUUCUCAGAUCAGGAGCCAGUCCUGAUCUUCCAGAUCUUGCAGGAUGGACGCCAACAUUCUGGGCAGCUUUCAAGGGCCACGCAGAUAUAAUUGAAAUGCUCUGGCGCUAUGACAACGCUCCAUUCCGAUGCGAUAAUAAAGGACUCACUCCACUUCACUGGGCAGUUUCCGCGGGCCAAACCGAAAUUGUGAAGCGGCUUUUAGAUCUCAAGACACGCUUUGGACAGCAUGAAAAGUCACCAGUACUCUCACUGCCGUCAUUGGACGACUUGACGGUUGAGAGAGCUCGCGCCUUGACUACUAGAGCAAACCAGAGUCCUUUCAAAUUCUACUCGCAUGGCACAGAUAUCGAAAUGUUUUCCGCCAUCUUCAGCGCUCUAAAGCAGAGUUUUCGUGAGAAAGAAGACAAACCUCCGGAAAGGAAUGAAGGCUAUUAUACAUUUGAUCCGUUCCUUUAUGGGCCCUUUGGACAGAGUCUCAAAGCUGAUCACGGAAGAAGAGCGAGGCCAGACCGCGACUACCAGUGGGGAAAACCAGAUAUUGGAUUUCUUGAAUUUGUAGAUAAACUGCUGAUCCAUGCCACGCGGUCACAGGACUUGCCUAUAAUCAAAUUGGUAUUUGAUCUCAAGCUUGUGAAGGCCUCCGGGAUUGAUAGCCUUGCUCUUCUUCACGAAGCGGCAGCAUCUGGCUGGGUCGAGGGUAUGGCUGCCCUGAUCGGCCUAGGGGCAGAUGUCAACAAUGCGGAGAGAACUUGUGAUCAAACACCUCUACACAGAGCCUGUCGAAACCAACGUGAAGAAGCAGUUAACCUGCUCCUGGGCAUCGACAAGAUUGAUAUCAAUGCUCGAGACAGAAAUGGGCGAACACAAAUCAUGGAUCUCAUGACCGCCUCCUAUGAAGAGAAAGCAGUCACUAUAUAUAAGCUACUGGUUUCCGGAGGAGCUUCGAUCUCUAUUCAAGAUACGGAAGGCAACUCGCUUAUGCACUACGCCAUACGGACCUGUAAUGCUACAGUCGUACAAAUGUUGUGCACCGCCGGGUUAAGCAUAGAAUCUCCAAACAAAAGCGGCCAAUUGCCGUUGCACUGGAUGGCUCAUUGGAAAUACUUCGAUCUUCGGAAGCUCGUCACACCCGAUGAAGUCCAAGUUGUGAGAAAAAAGCGAAGAGAUUGGAUGAAGCUCGUCUUUCAGCUCUCAAGUCUUAGCGCCCUGGAUUCUGGAGCCUUUCUCAUCGCGGCCGAUACUCCCAUACAAAAUGAGGAGACUCGCUACCUUCAGGUCCUGCGCCAGACGGGUGCUAUCAACUGUGAAACGCGGUCGGGUCGUACCCUCAUCUACGAAGCCGCCAGACGAGGAAACACACGUCUGACACGUAGGUUGCUGGAACAUGAUGCGUAUCCGAAUUAUGUAGAUGACUUUGGUAGUUCCGCACUGCAUGCAGCGGCCAAGAAGCAAUCUCCAACAACGGUAGCCGUCCUCCUACAAGCUGGAGCAGAUGUCCAUCACGCUUCUGUGGACGAGUAUGGCUUCACAGUCACGGGUACACCGCUGCAUGUUUGUCUCAAUGCCUACAAUGGCUGUAAAGUCAAGAGCGAAACAGCCGAAACAGUUCGCAUCCUGCUGAGCUAUGGCGCCGACCCAAAUUAUGCAGCCGUCAAGGAUGACCAUGCAGAGACGAGCAUCUCACUCUGUCUCAAGGCACUGUGCCACUCAGUAUACUAUACCCGACUCGACGCGAUAGCUUCUGAAGAUUCAGAUUACCUGUUACUGGAGGUACUGAAAGUACUGGUUGAUGUGGGCACGCGAGUCCCCGAGAGCGCGGAUGAUAUCAUAGUUGGGGUUGUUGCGAAAAUGGGGGGCUACGAAUCACUGUGGGAGGAAAUGAGAUCGCAAUUGAUGCCAAGGAGGUCCAAUCUUUAA